CAGUUCCUCACUCGAAUACCGCGGAGUACGAGGAAGAUUUCUUGGAGAGUGCUCGGGUUAUCGCGUCCCAGAAACAGGAUUUUUGGGAGAACUUCUCGUACAAGAGGAUUCGUAGGUCGAUUGGUCGGAUCAAGCAGCGUAAGUUUCUCUUUCUCUUCUUUUGCUCGGUUUCCUCAAGGAUCCUAAGUCGCUUUCUUUUGUCUUUGCAGAGGUUUGGCGUUCGGACACCGUUCCUCUCAUCACCAAAAAGUCGAAGAGAAUCAACUUGUUCACCAAAGCCGAGCAGAUUGAAAUUAACCGAGCCAGAGCUAUGAGGGAACUGCCGGAUCUAAGUUUGGUGGUUGGGAAGCAACUCGGGUUCGUGGAACCGGACCAAAGCUCUAACGCAAACUCCUCUGAUCCCGGGGAGCCGAGGGCGACUGAGUCGGACGGGGCUCAGCUCGUGAGAAAGUCGGGGAGCAAGAGGAAGGAGAGGGGAGGCGUUUCUUCCGAGGAGAAGCAAGCCGAGGAGACUUCCACCGGUGGGGGCGCCGGAUCGGAGAAGAAGCGGGCGCGCAAGGAUCCCGUUGAGGUUCGGCCUUCCUCUGUGGAGAGAGGUGAGCUCCAGGCCUUGGAGCCUAGCAACAAUUCUCGAGACGACGUUCUCCCGGAUCCGUCUCUCGAUGGUGGUCUUCAGGGGACUUCUUCUAAGGUGAAGAAGUCGAAAAAGAAUAAUAAGAAGAGUGCCGGCGAACCCUCGGGGCACGAGAUAGCGCCCAAUACGGAGAAGGAAACCGUGGAGGCUCCGACUACUGCCGUUUCCCUCCCAAAGGCGGCGGUUCGUGAAGAUGCCCGGGGAUCGAAAAGGUCCUCUCCGAAGGCUCAGGAGGGUAAGGCUGUGCCGAAGAACCUGCAGGGGUUUUGCCCGGAUAAAGUGGACUUCAUUUUCAAGCGGGACACUCCUCUCGUUUGUAACGAGAGAGAUUGCGCUCGUUUCGUCCGCCAAGUCCGGGGAAGUAGGGAGCAUCUCCCACUCGUCAAGGACUUAGUUUUCCAAAACGAGUACACCGCUGCUGCCGGUUCCUCGGUUAAGAGCCAAGGUGACUGGAACGAGGUCGUCCGCAUAUACGACAAGGAGCUGAAGAGGACCUAUGGUGUGAUUGAUAGGCAACGGCGCAACACCAAGGAGGCGACUGUCGCCUUAGAGGUCAUGCUCAAGAAGAAGGACGAAGCGGUUAUUGCAGAAGCGGCCAUGAGGGAUGAGCUCUUCCAGAAAGAGGCGGCUAUGAACAAGGAGCUGAAGCGAGCCCGGGAGUUGGUUAAAGCGCUCGAGAAAGAGAAAACCAAGCUGGCAAACGAGAAGAAGACCCUCGAGGAAGAGAAGGCGGCUGCUGCCUUAGAGCAUUCCAAGGAGAUGGAUCGUCUCCGAGAGUCGCGCCGCUAUGAGGUUACUCACGAACGGAUCCGAGUAAUGGCGGCGAUGCAUGGGAAAGCCGCCGCUCGCUUCCAGAGGAUCCAGGAUCGGGAGUCCCGUCGUGAUAACUUUGAGGAUGCGAGAUGCAUGCUCGGCCAGGCUCGGGGGAUGAGACGUUGCCUCGAAGGGAUGAAAGCGGCAGGUAAAAACAUCUCUCAGGGAGAUAUUGAUAUCUACGCCGGGCAAGAGAGGCAUUAUGAUGCGGAGGUGAAGCGUUUGAUCGUAGAUGAUCUUCUCGAGAAGGACCUUUCUUUAUCUCCUCUCGUGCUCGAGUCGAGGUUCGUUAUCCAGGAGAUGAUGGAUAAAAUCGACAAAUUUGGGUCGAACAUGGACUUGCUCGACUCCGAGGCCGCCAAGGCGCUUCGCACUCCCCUCAGAGCACCAGGGGAUCGAUCCGAAGAGCCGUCAAAGAGCCUUCUCGACACCGUUCAGUCGCCAGCUCGCCCUGAUGCUGUCCUCCCGGGUCAAGAAGUUGCCCUUAAGGACCCUUCCGUGGCUGAGGAGACGAACAAGUCAGCUCCCGACGAACCGAUCUCCAACACGCCGGUCAAUAUCUCCGACUCGCCGUCAUUCGAGGAUGCGGAUUCUGGCGCGAGUGAAGGACAUCUCGAGGGGGCGGACUCUGGCGCGAGCGAAGAACAUCCCGAGGAGGAUCUUCCUGCCUUGGAUUAGUAUCUGAUGUUUGUUGUAUCUGACUUUUGGCGCUUGUGCCUUUUAAACUAUUUCUUUUUUUCGGCUAAGGCCUUUUGUUGUAUGAACUACUGCCUUGCUUUUUCUUCAGACCUUUUAUGAAUUUUUAUUAUAUAUUUCAGUAAGUCGUUUCCACUUAGAAAUAUGUAAAUCGUUUUUGUUUUUAACCGAGAAAGGAUUCGAGCGGCUACUCGCGUUUGCCAGCGAGUUCCCACUUUUUCAGAUAG